AUGGUUGAAGUAAAGUUAUGCAUUAUUAAAUUGGAUGGGACGAGUGAAUAUCGCCGAAUAAGUAUUCCAGUUUUAACAGCUUCUACAGAUGUUUUAUCAAUACUACGUGAAAAGCUUACACAAUUCUUCUCCGAAAUAAUGUCUCCAACAAACGAAGUUCAUCUAGAAUUUCAAUAUGAAGAUGAUAUUCGCGGUCUUGUAUUAGUAACAACAUCUGACGGAAUCAAUGAAGCUGCUCGUGAUCAAGCAUCGCGUCAACAACUUCUUCGAGUUUUUGUUAAAUUCAUGAAAGAAGAUUGUGCUCCGAUGAAAUUACUGCCACCAAAACAUGUUGGUGUGAUUUGUGAUGGAUGCAACCGAUCACCAAUAAUCGGUGUUCGUUAUAAAUGUCUUGAAUGUUUCGACUAUGAUUUAUGUGAAUCAUGCGCUGACCGACAAUUGAUUCAUGCUCAUCAUGUUUUGGCCAAAAUUCGAACUCCGCAUCAAAUUGAUGUUGUUCGAAAACUUUGUUCAUCAACACGAUCAAAUUUAAAUAUUAAGCAAAAAACAAACGUUGUACCAGAAUUAGUUGUUAAUCAACCAACUGAUAUUGAAAAACAAAAAUAUUAUAAUUCAACUGAAACACAGACAAUAUUUUUCGAAGAACAGCAAAAGGAUAAAGAAGAAAAUAUUGCUGAUGAUAUGGAAAUUAUUCCAAAUAAUAUUCUUCAUGAUGAUUUUAUUCAAUUAGAUUUCAAUGAAUGCAAUGAAGAACAAAAUAAGAUCAUUGAACAGUGA